UCACUAGAUGACUCCUCGGGCGGCGCAAUGACAGUCAGUGAAUGACAUUUAUUUGUUUUUGUGGCAUUUUUCCCUGAAAAGUUGUUGCAUUUUCCUCGAAAAUAGCUGAAAUUGGCGCAAAAUGGACACAAAACUGGAGAUGUUCGACGAUGUUCCGGGCGUGGAUGUGGAGGGCGAGAUGACAAUUCCAGCAAACAAGCGAACGUCUGGGAGCACUUCAAAGGCCGGGCCUCCGGACUUUGACACACUGGAUGAGCCCAUAAAAGACACAAUACUGCGCGACAUUCGGGCAGUCGGCGUGAAGUUCUUUCAUGUGCUGUAUCCCAAAGAGAAGGCGACUCUGCUGAGAGACUGGGACUUGUGGGGACCGCUGGUCCUCUGCACAUUCAUGGCCACAAUCCUGCACGGCUCGGCGGACAGCGAGACAGAAGGCGGACCGGAAUUUGCACAGGUUUUUGUGAUCGUCUGGAUUGGCGCGAUGAUCGUCACGCUAAAUUCCAAAUUGCUGGGCGGAAACAUCUCCUUCUUCCAGUCAGUCUGCGUCUUGGGCUACUGCCUCACACCUGUCGCCGUGUCACUUAUCGUUUGCCAAGUGAUUCUCCUUGCCGCCGUCCAAACGAAAUUGCUAUUCUUUAUCAGGCUACUGACGACAAUUGGUGGCUUCGUGUGGGCCACUUAUGCAUCAUUCAUAUUCCUCGGCGACAGUCAGCCGGCCAACCGCAAGCCAUUGGCCGUCUAUCCGAUAUUCCUCUUCUACUUCAUUAUCUCGUGGCUCGUGAUAUCCGAUUCCAAUAUGUAAGUGAUUAGAGUGUAUUCAAAUAAACCACUCCAUGUGAGAUGUCAAUCAAUUGUGCGUCCUAUCGCCGAAAUCCAGACAGUCUGCAUCGUUAAAGCGUCACUAAAGAGUUAAUUAUACAGUCUGGAGC